UUUUCUCUCACAAUCACAUUUGGCACAAACACACUUUUCAUCUAACAGAAGAUAACAGAAAAUUUUCUCUCCUCUCUCUCAUUUCUCACGAAGAGCUUCAUCACAAUUCUUGCCCAAAUUGAUGAAGACUUUGUGAACUUUGGCAAAAACUUUCGGUUGAUAAUCAUUUUGCAGGUUGAACAAGUUCUGUUGAUGAAGAACAAAGGGAAUUAGCUACCGAUUCGAGCGGCUGCAAAAAAACCUGCGAUUUCCAUAACAGUCCAAGAAGAUUGAUCAAUCGUAAGUGCUGGAGCUACAAGGACCGUCUCUCGCAUUUCCUGAAGCGAUUUGCCGCGUCUGUUCGUCAUCAUCAAAGCCAAAGUCCACCGAACUCGUCGUUGUUCAUCAAGAAAAGGUACCUUUAGUUGCUCAAUUCCUUGCGAACUUUUGCUUUGCGUUGCUUAAGCAACUUGCAUUGAGGGACCCUUUGGAUCGAGAUCUUGGCUGAGAGACUUUCUAUUCAGAGAUGAGAAGACCCGGCUUGAAGGAUGAUGUUGCUUACAGUUUCUUUGACCCGGAUAUCAGUGUGUUGAAGGAUAUGAUAGCGUUGAUCACUCCUGACCAUGUGGGGUUGUUUCGUGCGGUGUAUGGGGGUAUUCUGAAGAUGGUUUUCAGGCUCAUGGACAGAGACAGGAGCGCCAUCCAUACUCUACUUCAGUUUUACGAUCCCGAGCUGAGAUGUUUCGUCUUCCCCGAUUACGUGCUAGGGCCGAUGUUGGAAGAUUAUGCUGAUAUUUUGAAUAUCCAGAUCAGGGAUCAAGUUCCUUUCCGUGUUACUAAGGAAGAACCUGAUAUUGGUGGGAUUUCCCGUGCUUUCUAUCUGAGUCCAGAGGAAGUGAAGAGUAAUCUGAAGGAGAAGGGUAAGCUGCCUGGUUUUCAUCUGAGUUUCCUAGAGGCUAAGGCUAAAGAGCAGUCAGAAUUGGGGAAUUGGGAAGCUGUCUGUGCUCUGGUUGCGGCGAGCAUUUAUGGGAUCAUUUUGUUUCCCAACCAGAAGAACUUUGUGGAUAUCAAUGCCAUCCGCCUGUUUAUUCGAAGGAAUCCUAUCCCUACAUUGAUUGGAGAUGUCUAUUAUUCGGUUCAUAACCGGAAUGAGAAGAGGCGUGGGGGUUUGAUUCGAUGCUGCGCGCAGUUAUUGGUCAAGUGGUUUAUGGGUUACUUACCAUCCAAGGGUGCUUUUGUUCUUCUGGGCCAGAAUGUUACUUGGGCGACCAAACUGAUGGGCUUGAGGGCUAAGGACAUAGAUUGGACUCACAGUAGUGGAGUUGGACAGGACUUUAUCUGCAGUUGCAGGGGUUUUCCUAAUGUGCCGCUUAUAGGGGUUCAGGGUUGCAUCAAUUACAACCCGACACUUCUUAAGAGGCAAAUGGGAUUCGCUAUGGAGCUUCCACCGUACAAGAGUGAGAUUCAGGAAUCUGUGUACUUCCCGGUUGAGGAUAACCAGGAUAGGGUAAAGCAGGUAUCCGAUGCAUGGCGCAGCAUUCAGAGGAAGGGCAAGGCUUCCUGGGGUAGAGCUAACAACAGAUCUUUUCCUCCGUUCGAUGAUUGGCUCAGAAAGAGAGUGGAGCUUACUUGUCUACCAUUUCCUAUGGUCGAUCCGUGGUAUCCGUUGGUUGAGGAGACUCCUUCUACUGUUAGUAUGGAUGAGUUCUUAGAGAUGAAGCGGGAACGAGAUCAGCUACUUGCAGAGAAGACGGAAUUGGAGAUGAGUGUUGCUCGGGUUCAGAGAGCUAAUCAGGAGCUCAAAGCGAAGAUGGAAGAUCAGGAUAAGCGGCAUGCUUUGGAGACCAAGCGAUUUGAGAUGGAUACAGCCUAUUAUGGGAAGAUCAGCCAAGCUUUAGCAUCGUCCAACCGGGAGCAUGACAUCACAAAGGAGAAGCUGUUCAGAGCAUCAAAGGUGAUUGAAGAUGAGAAGAGGAGGCAAAUCCUAAUCAGGGAUCAGAGAGAUGAGAGAGCCAGAGUCCUCGCUGCAGAGUGGGAAGCGGAAAAGGCAAAGAUCAGGGCCGAGAGAGAUCAUAACAUGGCAGAGAGAGACCACUACUUCAGGCAGAUGAAGAUUCAUCAGAAGGAAGUUGGAAGACUACAGCAGGAGAACAUAGAGCUCAGGUUCGCCGCAGAGUUCGCAAGGAUGGAAGGCGAGAUAAGGCCAUCUGUGGGACCCUCAUCUAGCUAGAUCCUUCAUUUGGGUUGAAUUACCGUCAGGCUUGUUGACGGAAUUCACUUUGUCUGUAUUUCUUUUCUAUUCUGGAGGAUUGUAUUUGAUAUUUGAUCUGAUGUAUGACUAUUGCACCGAUUGUGCACUUUUUGGUUAUGUAAUGAUGGUUUCUAUUCA